AUGUCAGGCUCUUCUCCACCCCUUAACAAACUUUCAGAUUCACCUCGACCUCCGUUGUCAAGGUCGAAUUCUUCCCUCAGUUCCUUGUUGAGCCGACCGACGAUGGAGAGAUACGGUGAAGAAUGGACGGGUGCUCUCACACUCCUCGAUGUGGUAGAAACUUUCUUUGAUUCCCGCUUGGAUCUUUUCAACCGUCGUCUCAAGGCGCAAAGUGCUCGUUUGAGAACUCGGGCUGUCGAGCUCAUACCGCGUGGACUGAGAACACCUAAAGGGGGUGGAAUACUUCUGGCCGACGAUGAUGAAGAUGAAGAAGAUGAGGAUCGACCGGACCGGGGAUUGUUGCCCGGUGAGAAGUAUAGGAAGGAUGUGGAGAGGGAAGUGGAGCGGAUAAAGGUAAAACUAGCUGCUAAAGUUACCCACUUAUCCGGUACCUGGCGUUCAGCGCAGAUAGUUCGAACCAGAGAGAAAGUCUCCUUCUUAUUCGGCGUCCUCUCCCUCUGCUUCACCUGUUUGUGCUAUGGCAUGGCACCUCAAUGGCUACCAUUUGCCUAUACUGCUCAGGCGGCUUUCUACUUACCGGUCCGAUUCUGGACGUACAGAGCUAAGAAGUGGCAUUACUUUCUCUUCGGUAUGUCUGUCACACCUACAGCAUUCAUGACUGACACGGACUGUCUAUGUUCACAAGAGCAGAGCCCACUAGCUAGUGCCAUAAUCACUUGGCGUAAUUCCUUAGUUUUCCACUCUCUAGACAAAGUCACCUCUCUUUUCAUUCAUAUGUACCCUCCUGUAGUCCUCACCAUAAUUCGACAUAACUAUGACAAUGCGGAGGAACGAUAUCCCGGCUUGAGCGGCGUGGCGGAUUACAGUUGGUGGUCCAUGAUUCUCCUCAGUGGAGUUCCUUAUGUGUUAUGGCAAGCGUCAUACUACAAGUUCAUAUCGGUGGACAGGAAAGCUAAGAUCGCUUCGGGAGAAAGACAAAAUUCCUUCCAAUAUUUGCUAAAUGAUAAACGAGGUCCCAUAGGUAAAGCGCUUCAAGGUAUCAGACCAGAACAUCGAGAAGAAUGGUUCAUCUUUGGUCAACUGAUCUAUAGCGUGAUUUUCAUGGUACCCCCCGCAACACUUCUCAUCCAUAGCUCUCGGGCAAGUUCCUCAUUCCUCAUUCUCAUAUUCAGUGUUUCAGCAUGGAACGGAGCGUCGUUCUACGUGGAGGUGUUUGGAAGAAAAUUCGAGAGAGAACUCGAAAGGUUACGGAAAGAAAUGGAGCUCGCCUCAGCUUCUGGAACAUCGAUCGCUUCUUCCGCUCCUACACCUUCUGCGCCCAGUUCCCCACUCGUCGACCUACACGCCACUCCCAGUGGGCAUAGCGUCGCGGUUAGACAGCUCUCCUCUGGUCUUACCUGGUGUUAG